AUGCUGACACCCACCCCCCUGCUCCUACUUCUCCUUCCCACGCUCGCCCUAUCCGCCUGCUGCUAUCCAGAUAUCUACACCACCUGUGGCGACGGAACUCAAGGAACACCCCGUUGCGGGAUCGGAAACUGCAAUAUCUUUGGUUGUGCGUGUGAUGGUGAGGAGGAGUGUAGGGGGGAGAGGAAGGAUGCUGAGGCGAGACGUAAAAAUGCGUUUGCUAUUUUAGAAGAGGGUGUAUAG